AGUUUCUCAUUGACGCAUUAGGUAGGCACACUGCUGCAAGGUGUGGUUAGGUGGAGUAUGUUAAAGGAAAGGAGAUUACCCUGUGUUUGUGUGUACGUAAUAAACUGCGUAAGAGAGAGAGGAAACUAGGAAAACCGGGAGCAAGUCAUGAACACAGCAGGAGAACCACAGGACAUGGAAGGAGAGUUGGACAUAGACACAACGUCUGACUCAGAAUCUGAAUCAGAAUGGGAUCCUGAAAGCAGCACAGGAUCUGACAGUCUGAGUGAGAACAACAGUGCAAAGGAAGUAAAACAAGGGAAAAAAAGGAAAAUGAAAAAACGUAACUGUAAACAGACAGAGCCGUCUUCCCUCUGUACAACCAAGAAGAGACAAGCCGAAGACUCCAGCCUGUAUUUCAGACAAAAAUUUGGAAUCAAAUCUGAACUUCCUGUCACAUGUGGAGAUAAAGACGGCGUCCUGCAUGUGGUGAAAUAUAAUGACAUGGAGAAGUGCAUCUUCAGUGAAGGCCAGUGGUUCAAGCCCAACGAAUUUGAGAGGUUUGGAGGAAAGGAGAGAAACAAAAAAUGGAAGACCAGCAUCUUUUAUGAUAAUAUUCCACUCCAGAAACACAUAGAGGCUGGACGUCUGUCAUCCUUUAAGCAAAGCCAGAUUAAGAAUAAACAGAUUGACACUCCUGAAUCCUCAUCUGUUGCUGACAGCCUCAGAAAAAGAAAGUGUCAGAGACCGCUGUUUCCCUCCUGCCCUGAAUCAAAUGGCAGGAACGAUGAUGACAAUGGCGAAGUUGUUGAUGAGAAUGAUGAAGAUAUCAUUGACAUGACCGUGUUUGAAGGUCCAACCCUACCUGUUACCUGUGGUUCUGGCUCUGGCAUCCUACACAAAUAUCGCUUUGCCACAGGGCGUUGUGGGAGAUGCAUAAGAACAAAAGACUUCUGGCUGACACCUGAGGAUUUCAUCAGAGUGAGCAAACCAGAAGGAACAUGGAGAAAAUGCAUUUUAUCCAAUGGGGUACCUCUGGGGAAACUCAUAAUGAAAAGUGUUUUGGAACUGCAUAUGAUAAACUGCGAUUGUAAGAUCUGUGAAGACCUGGAACAAUACCUACAGAAUGAUGACGUGUGUUUCGUGUGUGACUCUGAGGGAGAUCUCGUGUGUUGUGAUGAGUGUCCACAAGCUUUUCAUUCACACUGUCACCUACCAGCUGUACAUGAAGACUCACCUGGAAGCCAGUGGAGCUGCACGUUUUGUGUGAUGAAGAAGAUGAAAAGUUCCAGUCAAAAGACCCAACAGGAUAUUUUGAGCAGUCCAGUCUCUCAGUACACACUGCACUGCCAGUACCUGCUGUUACACCUGCUACACGAGAGCAUGACCGACCCCUGUGCCAAAGUUCCAGGAUUCAGUGGGAACAUUUGUAGUCCCAUGAUGCUGGGCAGAGUGAAGCUGAACUUGGAGAAUAAUGAUUAUCGAACAGUACAAGAGUUUGUCACGGAUAUUGAACUGAUUUUCAACAACUGUUACACUUCCAGUGAAGACAGUGACUCGAGUAGAAUGACCUCAAGGCUGAAGGAAGUAUUCAAGAGGAAGUUUGAAACCGUCUUUAAGCUCCUAUAACAUCAUGCUGUGGGUUGUUUGUCGAUAUGUCAGUACUGUUUCGCAGAGCACACUUUUGAAGUGUUGCCAUGUCCACUUAUUAUAGGCGAUGCCUAUUAAGCAUAUGGAAGAAAGGCACAACUCUGAUAUGCAUAUAAAUACAUGAUUAACUAGUUGUUCAGUUCGGUUCCAUAUUCACUGUCUAGAAUUUUUGUAAAUGCGUUUGUCAUAUAUAUAUAUAUAUAUAUAUAUAUAUAUAUAUACAGGGU